AUGCGUUCCUUCGCUUCUCUCUUCACGGCCACCCUCGCCGCCGUCGGCGCUCUCGCCGCUCCCGCUACCGCCCCCGGCACCGAUCUCAUCAAGAGAGCCACCCCCAGCUCUCAGGGCACCAGCAACGGCUACUUCUACUCCUUCUGGACCGAUGGUGCCUCCGACGUCACCUACACCAACGGCGCUGCCGGCGCGUACUCCGUCACCUGGAAGUCUGGCGGCAACUUGGUCGGCGGAAAGGGAUGGAAGACCGGUACCGGCCGAAGCAUCAAGUACUCCGGCACCUGGUCCCCCGUCAACAACGGCAACAGCUACCUGACCAUCUACGGAUGGACUAAGAGCCCCCUCAUCGAGUACUACAUCGUCGAGAACUUCGGCGAGUACAACCCCGGUUCUGCUGGAACCCUCAAGGGCACCGUCACCUCCGACGGCAGCACCUACAAGCUGUACGAGAGCACCCGUACCAACGCCCCCUCCAUCGAGGGCACCAAGACCUUCAAGCAGUUCUGGGCCAUCCGUGACAACAAGCGCACCGGCGGUACCGUCACCGUCCAGAACUUCUUCAACGCCUGGAAGAACGCUGGCAUGACCCUCGGCACCACCUUCGACUACCAGAUCGUCGCCACCGAGGCUUACCAGAGCGCCGGUUCGGCCAACAUCAAGGUCGAGACCGCUGCUUAA